GAUGUUCCAUGUCCUUGUGACCCAAACCCAUGUAACAAUGGUGGACUAUGCACUGAAACAGGGACGACUACAUUUUCGUGUGAUUGUGGAUCGCAAUGGACAGGAGACCGGUGUGACGUUCAUAUACCAGGCCCUUGUGACCCAAACCCAUGCUACAACGGUGGCCUAUGCACUGAGACAGGAACGACUACAUUUUCGUGUGAUUGUGGAUCGCAAUGGACAGGAGACCGAUGUGACGUUCAUAUACCAGGCCCUUGUGAUCCAAACCCAUGUAAACACGGUGGAACAUGCACUAAAACCGGAUCAGAUAAUUUUAUGUGCCACUGUAGACGGAUAUGGUCUGGCGAUAGCUGCGAAGGUUAAAUAA